AUGACUUCUAAAGAAGAAAGUGAUUCAAUGGGCAAUGGUCUCAACAAUUCUGAAAAUCAAACUACACAUAACUGUAAUGCUGAUGAAGAACCUUCAGUUAUAGAUAACAACAUGGGAUCUCAAGUAGAAAUUGGUCCUACAAAUAUGUCACACAGCUCACAAAGUUUCCAAGAUGAUAGUGAUCUACCAACAAAAGAAAAUAGUGAAAUUGAAACAGAAACCCUUCAAAAUGAUCCCCCAAAAGAAGAGUUAGUAGAAGAUUCUCUUCCAAUUCAGAUCCCUAUUCCUAGAAAACUGAUGAUGCAUAUGGUAAGAUUAUUUAGAAUUAUCUAUGUGAGUAUCCCCAAACUAGAAACUGAAGAAAAGAAGGCCUUAAUAGACAAACCAAUAUUCUACUCAAGGAAAGUGCAAAUGAAAUUAAGUGACAAAAUUCCACUUCAACCGUCACUACCACAACAAGUGCCUUCCAUUAGUAAUGACAGGAUAAUAAGAAUGCUUGUACAUCUACUAUGUGGGAGACAUUUUUUCCACACUGCAAGACAUGGAAAAAACAAAUGGGUGAAGCAAAAAUUUAUAGCACGUCUUACUCACCCAAACAUUCUUAUCCAUAGUGAAAGAAACAAAACAUUUCAUAGGCCUUUGAGAGUGUACUACCGUCCCCGUGCUGCAAGAACAAUAUAUGGAAAGCACUCUAAGUUAACUAAUACUAAUGAGAAAGAUGUUAACCACAUUUCUGUGAGGCGUAUGCGCUGCUCUCCAUGGAGACUAAUAAAAAAAGGUAUUAUCAUAAAAGCAUUUAAAAUUAAUAGGAGAACUUACUAUAAACUAAGGCUAGUGAUCAUGUGCACAAAUAAUGGCUGCAUAUAUUUGUGUCCCAUUUGUGGGUGUAUUUUCCACUAUCUUAUUCAUUUUAAAAACCAUUCUUGCAGGUGCCCUGAAAAUUAA